GCAAGCGGAUUGUGCUUUUAUUCGUGCUCAGAAAAACUUGGACUUUUCAUUUAUUUCUAGAAUGGGACUCCAAUUCUUCUCCAUCUUGGCCACUCUCAUCAUUUUCCUGAACACAUUGGGGAACAUCCAUGCUAAAUCGGAGGCAACCGAGACGCUAAAUCAACGCCAUGGCAAACAAUUGUCAAUCUUUCAAGUGAUCCGGUUCAACAAUGGCCCUUGCAAUGGGACCCAAAGCAUGCCUGGAACUUGUUAUACCAGCCAGGAAUGUUCAACGCGCAGAGGAGUCAGUAUCGGAUCAUGUGCCAACGGAUUUGGGGUUUGUUGUAGCUUCACAAUCUCGUGUGGCGGGACAACAUCAGAAAACACAACCAUAUUUAAUGACGAAAAUAUCCCAAGCGGAAUGGGUACAUGCACUGCAACGAUUUGUCCAGCCGGUAACGACAUUUGCCAGUUGAGGCUCGACUUUGAUCAAUUUCAAAUAGCCGGGCCGUCCACUGUCUCCUUGUCUGUUACCAAGCUAGUGAAUGGCAACCCAAGUGCAGCUGCAAAUGCCAUUCCAAAUGCAAUUCUUGGCCAAUGCAUCACCGAUCAAUUUCAGGUGACCAGUGGAUCAGGUGUGACUCCGCCAGUUAUUUGUGGAAUCAACACCAACCAGCAUGUGUUUGUUGACGCAGAUGCAGAUUGCAACAUGCUGAUGUUUCAACUUGGGCAAGGUGCUGUCUCGCGAUCUUUUCAAAUCCGGGUCACACAAUAUGCAUGCACGUCCCCCAACCUAGCUCCAAGUGGAUGCACUCAAUAUUUUACGAGUGACACAGGAACCGGCAUGGUCCAGUCUUUCAAUUUUGGGAACGGACAUCUAGCCGAUCAGGACCAAGUAAUGUGCGUCAGACGGAAUCAAAAUUCGUGCCGGAUUUGUUGGACAACGGUGUUGGACACUGAUUUUGACGUAUCAGGCACGGCUUCUUCUGGAAUGGGAGCGUCUACCACGGCCAGAUUCUGCUGUGGCUCCAACACAGUUGGUACUGCUGUAGGGAAUGCCGGAGGAUAUGAUUGUCUAAGCUUGCCGUUUGCUGAAAGCAAAAUGGGAAACAUGAAUGUCCAAUCCCGAUUUUGUGGGCGAAACGCGGGCCUCAGCAGCAGUGCCAUGAGCAGUUUGACAGUGUGCAGUCGCGCCAGUCCGUUUCGUGUGGCCUUUCGAUCCAAUGCGUUCGAGGUGUCCGAUAUGACGCUUCCAAACACUGAGGCUAAGAAUGUGGACAAGGGAGUCAGAUUGGUCUACUUUCAAGACAGUGUCAUGUGUUGAAGACAUUCUAAGAUUGUUAAUGAGUCGUGCAUUUCGUGAAAUGUUAUUAUGUCAGCUUAUAAUUUGAAAAAAACAAUGUAAAAUAAAUGUGAAUUAACUGCAAUGAAUUUUCCA